GUCUCCCAGCAACACAGUGUAAAUAACUCGGAGUUUCUUCUGUUGGCUGAAGAGCAUGAGAGUAGAAGAGCAAUGAAUUAAACACUAGUUCGACUCAUGGAUGUAUAAAGAAAAUCCUGAUCAUUUAAUGAGCUAGUUUAAGGGACGUUUAGGUGAAUCCUGGAAGCAAGACCCCGAGGCUAAAUUACAGAUCAAACAGGCAGCUGAUGGUUGCUUACUAGCCAAUGGGGCUGUUUGACAAGUUGGCAGGAUGGCUGGGGUUGAAGAAGGAGGUGAAUGUGCUGUGUCUUGGUCUGGACAACAGUGGAAAAACCACCAUCAUCAACCGACUCAAGCCCUCUAAUGCCCAGGCACAAGACAUCGUCCCAACCAUUGGCUUCAGCAUCGAGAAGUUCAAGACAUCCAGUCUUUCCUUCACAGUGUUUGACAUGUCUGGUCAAGGCAGAUACAGAAACCUUUGGGAACACUACUACAAGGAAGGCCAGGCUAUCAUAUUUGUCAUUGAUAGUGUAGACAAACUGAGGAUGGUCGUAGCCAAAGAAGAACUGGACACAUUACUAAACCAUCCUGAUAUUAAACACAGGAGGAUUCCCAUCCUGUUCUUUGCUAACAAGAUGGAUGUCAGGGAUGCUCUGUCUUCUGUCAAGGUCUCACAGCUGCUGUGUUUGGCGAACAUCAAAGACAAACCCUGGCACAUCUGUGCCACCGAUGCUCUGAAAGGAGAAGGUUUACCGGAGGGAGUCGACUGGUUACAAGAUCAAAUCAAAACAAUGAGAACGUGAGGGCAUGAGGAUGGACGCACAAGAAGAAGCAGCAUCCGCGGAGGUCUUUCAUGAAAGACGGGUUGACCCUGUUUUCAGAGGUACUAUGGGAUAGUAAUGUUUGUAAUGGAGUAUUUUAGAUGGUUUUUGGAUACGUAUGCUUUUCAUUCAUUAAUAAAAGUAAAAAUACAUCCACCAACAAUGCUGAGUCACUGAGAAACAUACAAAUUGGCAACUUUAACGCAUACAUGUUGGGCAAAUUCUUAUUUUGCAUCAAGCGCUAUGACUUAAAACUGAUAAAUACAGCUGUCCGAAGGGGAAGUUAAAUGUUCAAGAUAUGGAAGAUUGUAUUCCCAUGGACAUAGUGGUUGGUGCCAUCUUUAUUUUAGGGAGCAUGAGUACCUGGGAUGUCUUGUAGAAACGACAUAUUGUUGGGCAAGUUAUUUUGUAUGUUUUAGCCCCUCAACUAUCCCAUGUGUCCGACAAAUGGUACGUGCCAUCGUCCCUGAAGAGACCACACGCUUCACAGCUGGUAGAUUCAGAUUGGCACCACAUUAUACUAGUCCGGACUUUAGCCCGCUUGUCCACAACUUGGCUCACAACUCCAAAUAUUAGAUAUGUGUAGCCUUGUGUGCUAUGAUCAUAUUCAUUUCCGCUGCACGCUUACAGCAGGGCACUACUGGAGAACAGGUGACAGACUCUCCCUGUCUCGAGCCAUCAUGCAUCAGAUAUAUUUGUAAACAUCUGUUUGGCAAUAAUUCAAAGUAUGUGUGAUCUGCAUGUAAUGGGCUAAUGCAUACAAAAUUACCUUUUUAAGGAACGUCCUAUAGGAAUUGUUUCCACCUCUGAAAUAUGCCAAAUGCUCCAUUUAGUUUUUUCUUAUGUCUCUCAAGGCCUCUGUAGAUACAGUUUUAUUUAUCAAUCUAAUCUAACAAUAUUUAUCAGUUCAGUUAACUAUCAUCUUCUUCUUCAGCAGAAGCACAUUUUUAGUAUUUGAUUUACAAAUACCAAAAAUGUUCACGCAUUCGCCUUUCUCAAACUAAAACAAGAGUUACGAUAUCGUUACUGCAGCUAAAACUUCAUGCAGCUCUACUGAUGUUUGAGUAGCUGUGAAAAUAUAUUUUGCUUAUUGAAGAAUAAAUGUUUUCCAGGAUCCAGUAGAUUUGUUGUACAUAUUGUUAAUUGUGGCGGAGUCUACAUGUGUAGAUAAGUAAUAAAAGGAUUGUUUUAAAGUGAAUGUCAAGUUAAUUAGUUUGCUUAAAAAUCCAAACUUGUCUUUACAAAGCUAUUUUUCAACCCGUGUUUUUAUCUUUGCCUUAUUUCAUUGCCCAAAGAAAACUAAUUUUCUAAGUAUAAUUUACUCGUGGUACUUCAGUGAUUCAAAGGUAGACAACAGACCAGACAAACCAUCUGCUCAGUCUGCGCACAGUUUUUAAUGCAAUCCUUUGAUCCUCUUCUUUAGUCUCUGACUGAAAGCUUUCAUUAAAAACAAUUUCUGUUCAGUGUGUUGUUGCUUUUAUAGUUCUUGUGCAUCACUUCAACCGAACUGUAACGCAAGGGAGAGGUGUUUCACUGUUUUUGAGUCAUUUCAAGGCAAAAAGACGACUCGCAAAAAUGUACAAUAUAUAUUUAAAAUAACAGUGUUUUAUUUUACAUACGCUGUGGUGUCGUGUUCAUAAAUGUCUUAUCUGAAAACCUUAUUUUUCCCCCAAGAACAUUCAACAUGGAACUGAAUAUAGUCAUGAAAUAUCACUAAAACAAAUCUGGGAUGUUUGAUUGACAUUAAAAUGGAUUUGUUUCAUGAUUUUAAAUAUUAACUGUAGAAUGUAUAACCAGAAAAUAUGGGGUGGAUAGGACUGUGAAUGUAGUUCUUUAAGCCGUCAACAGAUUUAACAAUCCUUCAAGUCCUGCUUUUUUUUGCCAUCAGGUUUAAAAUAGUUGCAUCCUGAAGGUUGUAUGUUGUUGUAUUUUUAUGUUUUCCUUGCAAGGAGAUAUUUCCAGUGGUGUAUGUGUUACUUUUAUCCCACUCAUAACAGUGUUCCUGUUUAGACUAUCACUGGGGGACGCCCAAGUCCUAAAGAAAUCUAGUUUGACUCAUAGUGGCCUUAAGGUCACCACAUUCAUUUUGUGAUAUAUUGUCUAUUUCUAACUUCAAGACAUUUUAGAGUGAUGAUUUACUGGGACAAGUUUCAUAUCCUUCAGACACAUAUUCCAUAUUUUAUACAUAACAAGGAGAGGAUACCUUGUGAGAUCAUGUUUCAUAUCCACCAGACAUCUCAUUCAAAACCAGGAGCACAAGUUCAGCAUCAGAGACGUUAUAGAUUGUUCUCAAAGGAGCUGUGUUGUUUAUUACAUUGUAUGUGUUAAUUUUCAAAGAAUAAAUGCUGUGGAAAAUGAAUAAUGUUUCAUGAUUUGGGA